AUGAAAAUUACGAGCACAUCUUCCAUCUGUCCAGUCCUAGUGUGUCUCUGUUUUGUGCAGAGGUGUUAUGGAACUGCUCACCACAGCUCCAUCAAGGUGACCAGAAACCAGACCAAACAUAUUGAAGGUGAAACCGAAGUCCACCAUCGUCCCAAAAGGGGAUGGGUUUGGAAUCAGUUCUUCGUUUUAGAAGAACAUAUGGGACCAGAUCCUCAGUAUGUUGGAAAACUGCACUCCAAUUCUGACAAAGGCGAUGGGUCUGUCAAGUACAUCCUUACCGGAGAAGGUGCUGGGACUAUAUUUAUCAUUGAUGAUACCACUGGGGACAUCCACUCAACGAAAAGCUUAGACAGAGAGCAGAAGACCCACUAUGUGCUUCAUGCCCAGGCUAUUGACCGACGAACAAACAAGCCUCUUGAACCUGAAUCCGAGUUCAUAAUCAAAGUACAAGACAUCAAUGACAAUGCUCCAAAGUUCACGGAUGGACCGUACAUCGUUACUGUGCCUGAAAUGUCAGAUAUGGGUACCUCUGUUCUACAGGUGACAGCUACUGAUGCAGAUGACCCUACCUAUGGAAACAGUGCCCGCGUGGUGUACAGUAUUCUCCAGGGACAGCCCUACUUCUCCGUAGAUCCGAAAACAGGAGUUAUUAGAACUGCCUUACACAAUAUGGACAGAGAAGCCAGAGAACACUAUUCGGUGGUCAUUCAAGCCAAAGACAUGGCUGGGCAAGUUGGAGGGCUUUCUGGAUCAACAACGGUCAACAUCACCCUCACUGAUGUCAAUGACAACCCCCCACGGUUUCCUCAGAAGCACUAUCAACUGUAUGUUCCUGAGUCAGCUCAAGUUGGUUCAGCUGUUGGGAAAAUCAAAGCAAAUGAUGCAGACACUGGUUCAAAUGCUGACAUGACGUACUCUAUCAUUAACGGUGAUGGUAUUGGGAUAUUCUCCAUCUCCACUGACAAAGAGACCAGAGAAGGAAUCCUUUCUUUAAAGAAGCCACUGAACUAUGAGAAAAAGAAGUCAUAUACUCUCACCAUAGAAGGGGCAAAUACACAUCUUGAUUUCCGCUUUUCUCACUUGGGUCCUUUUAAAGAUGCUACCAUGCUGAAGAUCAUUGUUGGGGAUGUGGAUGAACCACCACUCUUUUCCAUGCCUUCCUAUGUCAUGGAAGUCUAUGAAAAUGCCAAGAUCGGGACUGUUGUUGGCACAGUUUUGGCACAGGAUCCCGACAGUGCUAAUAGCUUAGUAAGGUACUUCAUCGACUACAGUGCUGAAGAUGACAGAUGUUUCAACAUUGAUGCCAAUACUGGAACUAUUAGGACUACAAAGGUUCUUGAUAGAGAAGAAACUCCAUGGUACAACAUCACAGUUGCUGCAUCAGAAAAUGACAAUCCUGGUUUGCUGAGCCAUGUCACAGUGGGUAUUAGAAUUUUGGAUGUCAAUGACAAUCCACCCGAACUUGCCAGGGAAUAUGAUAUUGUUGUCUGUGAAAAUUCAAAGCCUGGCCAGGUGAUUCAUACCAUCAGUGCCACUGAUAAAGAUGAUUUUGCAAAUGGACCAAGGUUUAACUUCUUUCUUGAUGAACGCCUAUCUAUAAACCCAAACUUCACCCUGAAGGACAAUGAAGAUAACACAGCCAGCAUUCUGACAAGGCGGAGGAGAUUUAGUCGAACUAUUCAGGAUGUGUAUUAUCUCCCCAUUAUGAUCUCUGAUGGUGGAAUCCCCUCUCUCAGCAGCAGCAGCACCCUCACCGUCAGGGUUUGUGCAUGUGAGAGAGAUGGGCGCGUGCGGACCUGCCAUGCGGAAGCGUUCCUGUCCUCGGCUGGCUUGAGUACAGGGGCCUUAAUCGCUAUUCUGCUGUGUGUUGUCAUUCUCCUAGCAAUUGUAGUACUUUUUAUCACCCUGCGACGCAGCAAAAAAGAGCCCCUUAUCAUCUCUGAGGAGGACGUGCGGGAGAAUGUGGUCACCUACGAUGACGAGGGUGGUGGUGAGGAAGACACCGAGGCCUUUGACAUCACAGCCUUGAGGAAUCCAUCUGCCGCCGAGGAGCUCAAGUAUCGGAGAGAUAUCAGACCCGAAGUGAAACUCACCCCCAGACACCAGACAUUGUCCACCCUGGAAAGUAUAGAUGUUCAGGAAUUUAUUAAGCAAAAACUGGCAGAAGCUGACCUAGACCCCAGCGUCCCCCCUUAUGAUUCUCUUCAGACUUACGCCUAUGAAGGUCAGAGGUCAGAGGCUGGGUCCAUCAGCUCACUGGAUUCGGCAACCACACAAUCAGACCAGGAUUAUCACUACCUUGGAGACUGGGGACCCGAAUUUAAAAAGUUAGCUGAACUCUAUGGAGAAAUAGAAUCUGAAAGAACAACUUAGGGGGUUAAUUCUUGCAACCUUCUAGAAUUUGCUUCCUGAGCAAGUGGAGAUAUAACCUCAGCAAUGGCAAGGAAGAAACAUGGCGACAGUACUUGGAACUGAGCAAGCUGUACACAGCUACUGUAGAAACAAGUGCCCUUUUCAUGAUCGAAACUGGGUUAUUUAAUCAGAAGACAGUCAAAUUAAAAAACAAAAUACAGAGAAAAAGCUAUUGUUCCUUGUGUAUAUUUUCAAUUGCUCAAUAAAGUCUGUGGUACUGUUUAAUUAAGAAUACCUGAAUUAAGCCAAACAAUGAUAUUUGUUUCAAUAUUUUGUGACUUCUUUUCAAAAAGCAAACCUAAACAGAAAGAUUCAAAAUCACUUAUAACUAGGGGCGGUACACUAUGAAAUGAAACUUGUGCAGGUAAUUGGGACCUCUUUUUCCACUUCUCUGUGUGGACUCUUGACACCCACACUCUGUUAUUGUGACAGAUCUUAUUAGUGUUGUCUUGUGUUCAAAUGACAUGAGGUAUAUCCAGUAUACCAGGUCACUCCACUGUGGACUUGUACGUACCAUUUUCCUUUGCCCUCCCCACUUCUUUUCUCCAUACAAAAUUGAUGGAGCAUGGGGAUUUGCUGCUUGCACUAUAAUGUAUGCAACUUCUGUGCACCUGCCGUGCACUGCUCUGAAGCACGGAGACUACCGUCUCUGUCCUGCCUGCCCUCCUUUCUUUUAACAAAAGAUCCCCCCACCUUUUUAUUAAAUGGAUAGAAUAAAUGGUUUAAGUAAGAUAUACUCAGAUAAUCUGAUAUGUCAGGGAAAGAUUUAAUUUAAAAAAUAGUCACAAACCUUAUCCUGUAUAAAACGUUGGAAAACUCAAUGAUCCAUUCCAUUUGUUUUAAGACAUUUACAUCAGCAGUUUUGAUCAUGCACUACUUAAAUUAGUUGUUGGAAAUUUUGCUGGUUGGUUUAUCCUUCAGUCUAAUUUGCUUAUUUAUAAAACACGAGUAGUCAUCGAAAAUAUGUACCUCACAUGAUAACAAUGUAAUCUGAAAAGAUGAUACUCCAAUUUACAUAAAUCUUGUAGACCUUGGAUUGACUUACCUUUAUACCUUACACAGGUUCAAAUUGUCCCCAUCUCACUGACUGCUUAGCCCUUAUCUGUUUGGAAUCUACAGGAAAAUAUAUAAAACUGAAGCAAAAAAAUAGGAGAUCCACACUUACCCUUGGAAACGUGCCUCAAAGUCUCUGAGCUUCAGGGUCCCAAACUGCAAAGUAGAGAUGGUAAAGACUUCCCGCCUGUCUCACUGGGUUGUCUGAGGAUCAAGAAGAACUAUAAAAAUGCUUUGCCAACUACAAAGCGUUCUGUUCUAUAAAGGCUUGCAGACACUAUCUAAUUUUCUAAUUCUGUUAGCUUACAAAUAUAUAGUUACAUACAUUUUGAAUAAAAUAUAUUAUCACGAGAGAAUUUCAUAAAACCUUCAACAGUGUAGCAACUG